UGCUAAUUGGUAUAGAGGUAGGUCCACAACAAAGAGGCAGGUAUAAGGCUUUCUAUUUGAGCAGUAGACACCUCCCUGUCUCCAAGAGCUCUUGUUCUUCCGCCAUGUGGCUCUGUGUUCUGGUCUGGGCUUCUCUUGCUGCUUGCCCAAUUUGGGCAUCAGGACACCCAUCCUCACCACCAGUGGUGGACACCACGAAAGGCAAAGUCCUGGGGAAGUAUGUCAGCUUAGAAGGAUUUACACAGCCUGUGGCCGUCUUCCUGGGAGUCCCUUUUGCCAAGCCUCCUCUUGGAUCUCUGAGGUUUGCUCCACCAGAGCCUGCAGAGCCCUGGAGCUUCGUGAAGAACACCACCACCUACCCGCCUAUGUGCUCCCAAGAUGGAGUUGUGGGAAAGUUACUCGCAGAUAUGUUGAGCACCGGAAAAGAGAAUAUACCUCUCGAGUUUUCCGAAGACUGUCUCUACCUGAAUAUUUACAGUCCUGCUGACUUGACAAAAAACAGCCGAUUGCCUGUGAUGGUGUGGAUCCAUGGAGGUGGACUAAUAAUAGGCGGAGCAUCACCCUAUAGUGGACUAGCUCUCUCUGCCCACGAAAACGUGGUGGUGGUAACCAUUCAAUACCGCCUGGGUAUUUGGGGAUUGUUUAGCACCGGUGAUGAACACAGCCGGGGGAACUGGGCUCACUUGGACCAGCUGGCUGCACUACGCUGGGUCCAGGAUAACAUUGCAAACUUUGGAGGGAACCCGGAUUCAGUGACCAUCUUUGGAGAGUCAGCAGGAGGUGUCAGUGUCUCUGUUCUUGUCUUAUCUCCUCUGGCCAAGAACCUCUUCCACAGAGCCAUUUCUGAGAGUGGUGUGGUCCUCACUACAAACCUGGACAAGAAGAAUACUCAGGCUGUGGCUCAAAUGAUUGCUACUCUUUCUGGGUGUAAUAACACCUCAUCAGCCGCCAUGGUUCAGUGCUUGCGCCAGAAGACAGAGGCUGAGCUCUUGGAGCUUACAGUGAAACUGGACAAUACCUCCAUGUCCACUGUGAUUGAUGGAGUGGUACUGCCAAAGACACCGGAAGAGAUCCUGACUGAGAAGAGUUUCAACACGGUCCCCUACAUAGUGGGCUUCAACAAGCAAGAGUUUGGCUGGAUCAUUCCAACGAUGAUGGGAAAUCUACUCUCUGAAGGCAGAAUGAAUGAGAAAAUGGCCAGUUCCCUCUUGAGGAGGUUCAGCCCUAACCUUAACAUCUCUGAGAGUGUGAUUCCAGCAAUCAUUGAGAAGUACUUAAGAGGAACAGAUGACCCUGCCAAAAAGAAGGAACUUCUCCUGGACAUGUUUUCAGAUGUCUUUUUCGGUAUCCCAGCUGUACUCAUGUCCCGUAGCCUCAGAGAUGCCGGAGCGCCCACCUACAUGUAUGAGUUUCAGUAUCGCCCAAGCUUCGUGUCUGACCAGAGACCCCAGACAGUUCAGGGAGACCAUGGUGAUGAAAUCUUCUCUGUAUUUGGGACUCCAUUUUUAAAAGAGGGCGCCUCAGAAGAGGAGACCAAUCUUAGCAAGUUGGUGAUGAAGUUCUGGGCCAACUUUGCUCGAAAUGGGAACCCAAAUGGAGAGGGGCUGCCUCACUGGCCAGAAUAUGAUCAGAAGGAAGGGUAUUUGCAGAUUGGUGCCACCACCCAGCAAGCCCAGAAACUGAAAGGAGAGGAAGUGGCUUUCUGGACUGAGCUCUUGGCUAAGAAUCCACCUCAGACAGAACACACUGAACACACAUAAAUGGGUCUCUGCCAGCCUCAGUACCAGAGGAGCAAAGAUGGGGCUAUUCCACAAAGGAUGGCUAUUUGCCAAAGAUGAAUCUUACAGAGGAAACUGCACAAUUGUACAGUUGGGGUAUUUGUAUCUCAACUUUGAAAUAAAUUUCCUUUUAGAAAUCAAA